UUGAUGUGGGGACACUUGCCACAAUGAGGAACUCCUCUACAUUCCUGGCAUCUUGUCUCUCCACUGUCCUUUUUCUCCUGUUAAUUCAUAAAGAUUGCUGUGAACAAAUAAUUGGAGGAACUGAAGUAACUCCUCAUUCAAGACCUUACAUGGUUCUGCUUAACACAGGGCAAAGUAUCUGUGCUGGGGCUUUGAUUAAAGAGACAUGGGUACUGACUGCAGCUCACUGCAAUCUGAACAAGAAGACCCAGAUCAUUCUUGGGGCUCACUUACGUAGCUCCAAUGAGCCAGAAAGACAGAUAAGUCUUCCUAAGAAAAUCAUUCCUUAUCCGUGCUAUGACCAUGCCACACGUGAUGGAGAUCUUCAACUUCUUCAGCUAAGCAGAAGAGCAACACUUAAUAAAAAUGUAGCUAUACUUCAUCUGCCUAAAAAGGGAGAGGAUGUGAAGCCAGGAACCAUGUGUCAAGUUGCAGGGUGGGGAAAGGAUAGCAAUGUUUCAGGUCCAUCCAAAUGCCUCAAAGAAGUCAAUGUCACCGUUAUAGACAGAAAGGUCUGCAAUAAUGAAAAGCACUAUAACUACAAUCCUGUGAUCAGACUGAGCAUGAUUUGUGCUGGGAACCUCAGAGGUGGAAAGGACACGUGCAAUGGAGAUUCUGGAAGCCCUUUGAUAUGUGAAGGAACUUUCAGAGGCAUCACUUCUGCUGGCCACUCAAAUUGUGGAACCCCCCAAGGACCUGGCAUCUAUACGCUCCUCACACAGAAGCACCUCAACUGGAUAAUCAAGACCAUUAGCAGAGCAAUGUAGAUCCCUACACUCCAUUCUCUUUGCUGUCACUUCUUAAUCUUACAAUAAAAUCAGUGUGUGUGACCCAACUUGUUUCCUCUAGCGUGGUUGGUCAGAUCACCGCCAGCAAAGUGAAGUGGAGGGAUAUAGCAACCUUGAGAAAAACACAUUAGGUAAAAAACAAUCAUCCUUUCCUUCCAGGCGUAAGGCAGACUGGCAAGAAAAUAACUAGAAGAAACUGAUUAGUAACACAGGGAAAGUGGGAUGAAGAUCCAGGGGCCUGA